AUGCCAUCCACUAACCAAGUUAAAUUACCAGUAAUUAAAGGAGGAGGAGGAGGAGGAAAAAAUAAUAACAGUAAUAAUGGUGUUAAUAAUGAAAUUGUAAAUCAUAAUUAUAUUCAAACUGUUACAUUGGCAUUACUAGAUUCUUCAUUUUGUAAUGAAAGAAAAGAUAAUUAUAAACAAAUUACAAUGGCAUUAAAAGAACAUAUUUCUAAUAUUUUAAAAAUACAUAUACAAGAUAUUGUAAUUGAUGAAAUAUAUGCAGAAAAUUCAAAUGGAUUAUUUAAUGGAAAUGAAAAAUGUACUUUACCUAAUGGUAAAUUAAAAGGUAUAAUAUUUGAUAUAUCAAUAAUAAAAAAUAUGUUAAUAAAUUAUCCAACUUAUAAUGAUAUUGAAAAAAUUACAUUAGUAGAAAAUGAAUUUAAUGAUAAAUAUGGAAAAAUAAUUCUAUGGGAAAGAAAAAUUGAAAAUACUAAUAAUGAACAUAAUCCAUUCUGUCAAGCAAGUUUAAAAGUUACAAAAAAUAUUAAAUUUAUGUGUAUUAAUCAUCCAAUAUAUUGUAUACAUAAUAAUGAAUAUAAAUGUUAUACUAAUCCAAUGGGAAUUGAUUGUUUCUGUUAUAAUGAUCAAUCCAUAUAUAAUCAAAUACAAAAUAAUCAAUAUAAUAUUACUUAUCCUAUGACUAAUGAAUGUAAAACAAUUAUUUCUUGUACUAAUGAUAUUAUUCUUCCAAUUAUACCAAGAUGUUCAACAAGUCCCUAUAGUAUUGGAUGUCCAUGUAAUUUAAAUCCAUAUUCAAAAUUAUGUGGAUGUUAUAUUAAUCCAUUCAAUCCUGGAUGUCAUUGUACUUAUAAUCCUUAUUCUAAUGAUUGUAAAUGUUUAUUAAAUCCUGAAGAAUGUAAAUAUGAAAAUGGACUUGAUAUAAUUGACUAUGAAAUUAUUGAUAGAGGACCUUUUAAUCUUAAACAUGGAUUAAGAAGAUUCUAUAAAAAACAUUUCAGAAAGAGUAAUUCUUUACCAUUAUUUUCAAACUAUGAAAUCCUAAAAAAUAUAUUAAUCAUUUUCUUAAGUAUGGCUCUUUUUAUUAAUCUUUAA